GCUCUUUUUUUUAGCUUCAUGGGUAGUACAGUAGAACUGGAGAAUAAUAUUAUGGGGGAGUUCAAGCACUUGGUGAUUGUUAAGUUCAAGGAAAAUGUGUUGAUGGAGGAGAUUCUGAAAGAUAUGGAGAAAAUGGUUGCUGAGAUUGAUGCUAUUAAGUCCUUUGAAUGGGGACAGGACUUGGAAAGCCUAGAGAUGCUUAGGCAAGGGUUUACCCAUGCCUUCUUGAUGACAUUCAAAAAUAAAGAAGAUUACAGUGUGUUUCUCGGCCACCCUAAACAUCAAGAAUUUUCGGCUACAUUUUCAACAGUUAUAGAAAAGAUUGUGCUGCUUGAUUUCCCGGCUAACCUUGUCAAGCCACCACCCAAGGCACCAGCAGAGGAACCAUCAGCUGCCCAGAAUGAUCAGAAGUAGCUUAAAAUUGCAAAACUAUGUACCCAAGAAAAUGGAUUAUGAUGAAGUACGCUGCUUCUGCUUGAGUGUGGAGUUUUUAGUAUUUUCCUCAAAAUCUAUGGGUACUGUUUAAUUGUGGCGAUAAAUCAAUGAUUUUUAGUGUAAUUUCAACUUGUGUGAAAAUAUAUUAUGCACAUUUUGCCUUUCUUGAGGAUUCAUG